AUGGCUAAGUUUGAGUGUACUGACGAGGUGACCAAUUUCCUGACAGAAUUGCCUAAGUGCGAACACCAUUUGCAUUUGGAAGGUACUCUCGAACCAGAAUUAUUGUUCCAAUUAGUUGAACGUAAUGGAGUACAGUUACCUGGUACGUUUCCCAAGACCGUUAAUGAGUUGCAUGUGAUUUACAACAAUUUUGCUGAUCUCCAGGAUUUCUUGAACUAUUACUACAUCGGUUGCAACGUUCUUCUCAGUGAAGACGAUUUCUUUGAGUUGGCUUGGAGUUACUUCAAGAGAGUAAGCACUCAAGGGUUGAGACACGCCGAGGUGUUUUACGAUCCACAAUCUCACACGUCCAGAGGCAUUUCUUUGGAGGUUGUUACCAAAGGUUUUGAAAGGGCUUGUGCUAAGGCCCAGGAAGAAUUUAACAUUAGUACCAAGUUAAUCAUGUGUUUAUUGAGGCACUGUCCUGUGGAAGAAUGUAUGGAUACUGUGAAAAGUGCCAAGAGCUUGAUUGAAUCGGGAGUCAUUGACGGUCUUGGUCUUGAUUCGUCAGAAAGACCUUUCCCUCCAGAAUUGUUUGUUGAAUGUUAUCAAUUGGCGAAGAGUUACAAUAAGGAGCUGCAACUUACAGCUCAUGCAGGUGAAGAAGGUGAUCCAAGUUUUGUUACAAACACCUUGGACUUAUUGGAAACAACAAGAAUUGAUCAUGGUGUUAGAAGCAUUGAAGAUGCUGAAUUAAUCAAGAGGUUGGCCGCUCAAAAAGUUAUGUUAACCCUUUGUCCAUUAUCCAAUGUUAAGUUACAAGUGGUAAAAGAUGUUUCAGAGCUACCAUUGCAGGAGUUCUUGGAUAACGACGUUCCUUUCUCCAUUAAUUCUGAUGAUCCAGCUUAUUUUGGAGGGUACAUCUUACAGAACUAUCUGGAAGUGUAUUCCAGAUUUGGUUGGUCUAAAGCAGUUUGGGCUAAGAUCGCCAGACAAAGUAUUGAAGGCUCAUGGUGUGAUCCUAAGAGGAAACAAGAACUACUCUCUGAGGUUUCAGAAGUUGUAAACAAAUAUGUAAACUUACCUUAG